AUGGCAGAAUUCAAGCCCGUGCUCUUGUCACUUCCCACUUCUCUUACCCCAUCUCUCGUGUUAGAAAUCCUUCCUUACGGGCUCACAAUCCACAAGCUUUUGGUACAAGCUGACGGCCGUACACACGAUGUCGUUAUAGGCCCUGAAUCCCCGAAGGAUCAUGUUACGCAAAAGUACACGAAUUCCAUCGUCGGACGAUAUGCCAAUCGCAUCCCUGUUGGAACUCACGUUCUCGAGAAGAAGGGUUUCAAGAGUGAACUGAAGGCAUUAGCAAAUGAAUCUCCGAUAGUUUCGCUGCACGGUGGCCCAGUCGGUUUCGACGCGGUACCCUGGACGAUACUGACCAAAGACAACCCUCCUAAAUUGUUCAGCAGAUCAGAGCUAUCUCGUCUUGGAGGGCUUCCAGAGUCGUCGUUUGCUAUCUUCCGACUUAUUUCACCUGCUGGAGAUCAAGGUUUUCCGGGAGAAUUGACCGUGGAAGCACUCAUCGCUCUUAUCUCCCCUGAAUCCCCAACCAAACCCAUCACCACCAGUGGGGAUGCGGAGUACAGUCUCGGCAGUGUGGUUAUCGUCUAUCGUGCCAAACUCGAGGGUGAGACCAAAACCGUCACACCGGUCAACCUCACCCAGCAUUGGGGCUUUAACUUGGAUGCAAGUCUUCAGGACGGGCCUGAACCCCUAACCAUCAAAGAGCAUACGUUAACAAUCAAGGCAGACCACAUUGCCGAGCUGGAUUCCAGCGCUCUCGGAACUGGGAACUUCAUUGCCGUCUCGACAAAGCCUGCCCAUGCACAUACAGCCAAAAUAAUUGGAGAUAAAUUCCCGGACGCCGGCUAUGAUGAUUAUUACCUUUUCUCGGAGAGUGCCCAAUCGACCAUCGAGACGCGCAUUCUCCUGAACUCAUUUGGAGAGGAGAGCAAUUACUUGAAGGAUUUGCUCCGUCCCCCUGAUGAUGCUGAGCGUGGGACACGGGCGGGCGCAGUCGUUGAAUUGAAAUCUAAGAAGUCGGGCCUCAAGCUUGCCUUUGAUACCAAUCAGCGUGGCGCGAUGUUCUAUUCAAAUGCCCUGGCGAAAGCAACUAAUGGAGCACGCAAGAAGAUCCAUGGCGGCUCAGGAGUUAGCGGUGACGGAAACGCAUAUGGUCCACACACGGCCGCAUUCCUGGAGUUCCACCACCCGUUGACCGCGUUUCUCUAUCCUAAAAACAAGGACACCGAGGACACCCUCUUGACCUCUGACGAGCUAUAUCACAACUAUGUUCGCUGUGAUGUCACCUUAAACCCUCCUCGGCCAGAGGCAUAA